AUGGAGCCAGGUCUGUCUCAAGUAAAUGUUGAAACGAAAGGUCAAACUCAGUAAUAAUAGCAGCAACCUUAAUCAAGUUACAAUUUCCAAUCAUAGGUUAUCAAGGUCGCAGCAGUUGCUUCAGGAUUCCCUCUUAGUGCCUCAUCUGAAGACGAUCCUAGUCAUUCAGUCCACAGAGCAAUGAUUAAUUACAAUAAAGUAAGGGAAGGUGCAAGCACUUGGUGUGCUGCAGAAAAUGACACCAAUCAGUGGGUUUAGGUGUGCCUUAUUUAACCAAAGUUAGUAACAGGUGUAGCAUUGCAAGGAAGAUAAAAUGCCACCUAGUGGGUCACAAGAUUCAAAGUUAUGUACUCAUUAGAUGGUUCUACUUGGACAAACCAUGAGAACGGCUAGGAAUUUGAGGGGUCUAUGGACUAGAAUACAGUAGUGGAAGUGAAAUUCAAGGAGAGCUUCGUAGCCAGAUCAGUUAGAAUAGUCCCUAUUUAAUGGCAUGAGCAUAUCUCAAUGAGUUUUGAAGUAUAUUUUAUGGAAUGA